AUGGCCACCUUUGCUUCCUCGCCGUUACACUCGUCGCAAGCGUUCCGUACGCAGAGCAGUAACCCUCUCAGCGAGUCGCAGCCAAACCUGGCUAGCGAUUCCAGAAGAGCGGUCCCCGAUGAAGAGAUGGAGACAGAAGAUCCAACAGCCAGUUUCCUCAGAAGAAGAAGAGAUUUGAGCUCGAUCCCGAAAGUUAGCGACCUAACCGCCGAAAAGGUGAAAGAGGCGUUUGAGCAGUUUCUCACCGAAUACACCGACCCAAACUCGGUGGAUUCUGAGUUCCAGGGCAAGUCGUAUAUUGCCCAGAUCGCCGCAAUGGCCCACUACGACUUGUCCACGAUCUACGUCGACUACCAACAUUUAUUGACCGUGGAAAACGGGAUCUUGGCAAGCGCCAUCACAGAACAGUACUACAGAUUCCUCCCGUACCUGGUGAACGGACUGCGGGCCGUGAUCAAGAAACACCAGCCGGCUUUGCUGAGACGGUCGACGAAAAUCGCCGAGGACGAAGAAGCAGGCGUGACCGAACGUGUUUUGCAGAUCUCGUUCUACAACCUGCCCACGAUCAACAGAAUCAGAGAACUGAGGGCAGAAAACAUUGGAAUGCUCAUGUCCAUCUCUGGAACAGUCACCCGUACCAGUGAAGUCAGACCAGAACUGUACAAAGGAUCGUUUACUUGUGAUGUUUGCAAGACUCUGAUUGAGAACGUGGAACAAGCGUUCAAAUACACAGAGCCAACCAGUUGUUCCAACCCUACAUGUGAAAACCACGCUUCCUGGUCCUUGAACAUCGCCAAAUCCACCUUUGUGGACUGGCAAAAAGUGCGUAUCCAGGAAAACUCCAACGAGAUCCCCACUGGAUCGAUGCCAAGAACAAUGGACGUGAUUCUGCGUGGCGAGCUGGUCGAAAGAGCAAAGCCAGGUGACAAGUGCAGAUUCACAGGAACAGAGGUUGUUGUUCCAGACGUGACCCAGCUCGGUCUUCCUGGAGUGAAACCAAUGUCUGUGCGGUCUCGUGGAAUGGCCUCCACCACAGAAGCACUCAAUUCCGGUGUCACGGGAUUGAAAGCCCUGGGUGCAAGAGACUUGACUUACAAAAUCGCUUUCUUCGGUUCGCAUGUGUGCUCUCUCGUGUCUAAAGACGGCAACAUCGAUCCCGAAGACGACGGCCAAGAGGACACAGACAAGGAACAGGAGAUGUUCCUCAACACCCUCACAGAACAGGAGGUCAACGAACUCAAAGACAUGGUUUCCGACGACCAUAUCUACUCGAAACUCGUGCAAUCGAUCGCUCCAGCUGUGUUUGGCCACGAGGUGGUGAAAAAGGGCGUGUUGUUGCAACUUCUUGGCGGUGUGCAUAAGAAAACCGUUGACGGAAUCAACCUGAGAGGAGACAUCAACGUUUGUAUUGUUGGAGAUCCAUCGACGUCCAAGUCCCAGUUUUUGAAGUACGUCAACAGUUUUGCUCCAAGAGCCGUUUACACGUCGGGCAAAGCCUCUUCCGCUGCUGGUUUGACUGCUGCCGUUAUCAGAGACGAAGAAAGCGGAGAGCUCACCAUUGAAGCCGGUGCGUUGAUGCUGGCAGAUAACGGUAUCUGUUGUAUUGACGAGUUCGAUAAAAUGGACCUGUCAGACCAGGUUGCUAUCCACGAAGCCAUGGAACAACAGACAAUCUCCAUCACCAAGGCCGGUAUUCAAGCCACCUUGAACGCCAGAACCUCCAUAUUGGCCGCUGCUAACCCUAUUGGAGGAAGAUACAACCCUAAAGUUGGUCUGAAGAGCAAUCUGACCAUGACUGCGCCGAUCAUGUCGAGAUUCGACCUGUUCUUUGUUGUUUUGGACGAAUGUAACGAGAGAGUGGACACGCAGUUGGCAGACCAUAUUGUCAACCUACACAUGUUGAGGGACGACGCCAUUGAUCCUCCGUUCUCCAAAGAGCAGCUUUUGAGAUACAUCAAAUAUGCCAGCACGUUCAAACCAAAAAUGACCAAAGAGGCCAGAGACUAUCUUGUGGAGAGAUACAAGGAGCUGCGGAGCGACGAUUCCCAGGGUCUUGGCCGCAGUAGUUACAGAAUUACUGUCAGACAGCUUGAGAGUAUGAUCAGACUGUCUGAGGCCAUUGCCAGAGCCAACUGUACCGAGGAGAUUACUCCAAGGUUCGUUGCAGAGGCGUACGAUUUGUUGAGACAGUCCAUUAUCCGUGUGGAAAAGGACGACGUUGAUAUUGAUGCGAUGGACGAAGACGAACAGGAACAAGAAAACACACAACCAGAGACACAGGACACACAGGAACGCCAGCAAUCGGGCGAGCCCCAGGAAAAACACAAAGCCGCCAUCCCAUACGACAAGUACGUGCAAAUGAUGAACCUGUUUGUGCGCAAGAUCGGAGAGAAGGAGACCAGAGGCGAGUUGCAGGACGACUCGGACUCCAGCCACGGAUACACUGCAGAGUUCCUUGUUGGGUGGUAUUUGGAGCAAGUUGAAUCGGAGAUUGGCGACGAGAGAGGUUACUGGGAAGAACGCAAGCUGGCCUUCAAGGUGCUCAAGAGACUGGUGAAGGAUAAAGUGUUGAUGAGUGUCAAUCCUGACCAAGGAAACAUGGAGAUUCCUCAGGAGUUUGUGGUGAAUGACGGAAUGUCUCGUGCUGAAGUUGAAAGACGAACCAUGGGGUUGGAGGAAUGGCAACGGAAGAAGGAGGCCGAGAAACGGGCCAACAUGAUAUAUGUUUUGCAUCCAAACUGCGCGGUUGUGGAUUUCUUCGACCAACAGGAAGAGACAGAAUGA